AGUGGCCCAAUGGCAGUGGAUGGACUCCAAUGUUUGGGCUGUGAUUGGAUUGCUGCGUUACCCCAGUCCGAAAAACGGUGUGGCACAGGCGUGUGCAGACGAGUAAACCAAAGACGCGGUGUUAUAUCUGGGACUCUCGGCCUCUUAUUAAAUCUAGAGUUUAUGUGGUGAAGAUGGAGAUUAGGCCUCUGUUGAUGUGCUUUGCUCUGUGCGUGGUCUACGCCACCAGCAAACCCACAGAGAAGAAGGACCGUGUCCAGCAUGAAGCACCACUGAGCAGCAAGGAGCAUGACGAUGGCACAAACUUUGACUAUGACCAUGAUGCUUUCCUCGGAGAGGGGGAAGCCAAGACGUUUGAUGACCUGACCCCAGAGGAGAGCAAGAACAGGCUCGGUAAAAUUGUGGAUAAGAUCGAUGCAGACGAGGAUGGCUUCGUCACAGAGGCAGAGCUGAAAGCAUGGAUCAAAAAGGCUCAGAAGAAGUACAUCUACGACAACGUAGAAAGACAGUGGAAGGAUUUUGACAUGAAUAAUGAUGGCAUGAUCUCCUGGGACGAGUACAAGAAUGUCACUUAUGGCACCUACCUUGAUGAUCCUGAGUCUGAUGAUGGCUACAACUACAAGCAGAUGAUGGCUAGAGAUGAACGGCGCUUCAAAAUGGCUGAUGGAAAUGGAGACCACAUCGCUGACAAAGAGGAGUUCACUGCUUUCCUCCAUCCUGAGGAGUAUGAGCAUAUGAAGGACAUUGUUGUGUUGGAAACUAUGGAGGACAUUGAUAAGAAUGGUGAUGGCUUUAUUGACCUGGAGGAGUAUAUUGGCGACAUGUACAACCACGAGGAUGAAAUGGACGAGCCAGAAUGGGUGGCAACAGAGCGAGAGCAGUUUUCAGAGUUUAGAGACAAGAACAAGGAUGGGAAGAUGGACAAAGAGGAGACCAUGGACUGGAUCCUGCCGGCCGACUACGAUCACGCAGAAGCCGAAGCCAAGCAUCUGGUGUACGAGUCCGACACGAACAAGGAUGGCAAACUCACCAAAGAGGAAAUACUCAACAAGUACGAUUUGUUUGUGGGAAGUCAAGCGACUGACUUUGGCGAGGCUUUAGUUCGACACGAUGAGUUUUAAUUCUUUUUUUCUAGUAUAAUAGAUAAUUACUUUUUAACUUGUUUUGGUAAAAGAAUAUAAUUUAUUUGAUAUUGCUUCAUCAUAAUACAACACUAAUUCCUGAGAUUUAGUUCACUUGAUAGAUUGUUUUCCCUUUUUGCACACGAAAAUACAUUCAUGACUUAAUUUUAUUUUUACUGUAAAGUGUGUUAGCAGUGUUUGUUUGAUCCGUCUUUGGAAUCGUGGUCCAUGUACAGCAUUACUAUCAUUUCACUAACUGUGUAUAUUUGUUUUGUGACGAGGUUUAUUCAGAGCUAGAUUCAAGGCAGUUGUAUACCUGUUGCUUCUGAUCUAUGAUCAGCUGUUCACAGUCCUGCUCAUUGGGAUACUGUAAGUACAGAAAGCUCUCAGAUUGGCUUCUUCCGAGGGAUUAUACAAGUAGGUAUAAAAUGCAUGUAUAUAUUCACACAUUUAUGUGAAUAUGUAUAUAGUUUUAUACAUAUAAACAUAUUAUAAACUCA